AGGUGAAGAGGACCAGCUAACAGUGGAGAGAGGGAGAGAGAGAGAGGGAGAGAGGGAGAGGUGGACAUUUCCCAUUGAUUUCAACCCUUUGCCAUUUCCAGGAGUGACCCCACACCCUCUCCUCUGCAAUAUCUUAUGGGAACUAAACACUCGUCCCGGUGCCUGCUCCGGCGUGCAGCGAAAAUGGCGGAAACUGAGGCUGUUGAGGUAACCCCCAGUGGCCCUUCCCAACCAGAUGAGCCUGUGGCUCUCACACAGCCAGUUCAAUGCAUCCAAAACACGCAGCUCACAGAUGUGCAGGCCGACUGUCCAGGACGAGGGAAAAUAUCAAAAUUCUUGACUCCGGACGAAAUGACUUCAAAAGAUUACUACUUUGAUUCAUAUGCUCAUUUUGGCAUUCACGAGGAAAUGUUAAAAGACGAAAUUCGAACUUUAACAUACAGGAGCUCCAUGUACCACAACAAACAUGUGUUCAAGGACAAAACAGUGCUGGAUGUGGGAAGCGGGACAGGAAUCCUAGCAAUGUUUGCAGCUAGAGCAGGAGCCAAGAAAGUAUAUGGGAUUGAGUGUUCAAGCAUCUCGGACUAUUCAGAAAAGAUUAUCAAAGCAAACCACUUGGAUCAUAUAAUCACAAUAUUUAAGGGUAAAGUGGAGGAAGUUGAACUGCCAGUGGAUAAAGUGGACAUCAUAAUCAGUGAAUGGAUGGGUUACUGCCUUUUCUAUGAAUCCAUGCUUAACACAGUUAUCUUUGCACGAGAUAAAUGGCUGAAACCUGGAGGGCUUAUGUUCCCAGACCGGGCUACAUUGUACAUCAUAGCCAUCGAAGAUCGACAAUACAAGGACUUCAAAAUACACUGGUGGGAAAAUGUUUAUGGCUUUGAUAUGACAUGUAUCAGAAACGUUGCCAUGAAGGAACCCUUGGUAGACAUUGUGGAUCCCAAACAAGUUGUGACCAAUGCUUGUCUAGUUAAGGAAGUGGAUAUCUACAAUGUGAAGACUGAAGACCUGUCAUUUACCUCUGGGUUCUGUCUUCAAGUCCAGCGAAAUGAGUACAUACAUGCUCUGGUUGCAUAUUUUAACAUUGAAUUUACAAAGUGUCACAAGAAAACUGGAUUUUCUACAGCCCCUGAUGCACCAUAUACACACUGGAAACAAACAGUAUUUUACUUAGAAGAUUAUUUGACUGUAAAACGAGGAGAAGAGAUAUAUGGAUCUAUAGCUAUGAAACCCAAUGCAAAAAACAAUCGUGACCUGGAUUUUACAAUCGAGUUGGAUUUUCGAGGUCAGCUGUGUGAAUUAUCUCUUUCUCAUGAUUAUAAAAUGCGUUAAGUGCAUUCUAUUGGAAGAAUAGCUUCUUGGCUCUUCAUGUCACAUUUCAAACUGUUCCGAUCACUCUGGAAUGAUUAUACGCAUAUUAAAAUGUAGAAACGUAUGAACGCAGAUGGCAAAGUCUGCUGUCACUCAAGAAAUGUUCAAAAUAGCGCUUCAAAAAUAAAACAGAUACCAGUGCUAUGCAUUUGGCUGGUACUAUUCAUUCAGAAAAUUGGUAACAGAAACAAGAUGUGCUCCAGCAUUCUGGAAAUCUAAGCUGCAGUGUUAAAAUGAAAGUCGUUAUUUUUAUUGACAGAGCACACGCCCUUUGAAGAAGUGGAGGAUGUCAAUAUGAAUGCUGGGAUAAACUUAUUCUUAGCUACAUAUUAAUGGUUGUUUGAUUUCUUAACUACCAGUGGGAAGAUGUGAUAACAUUUUUUUUGCUUAAAAUGUAAGUCAAGGACUUUCAAUAUAGAUGGUCCAAAAUCCUACCUAUCCUUAGUCUGUAAGACCAUUUGAUCUUGAAAUUUACAAUUAUACAGAACUGUGCAAACUCUUAAAUUUAGCCUGAAUGCGGAUGUCGUUCUUUUCAAGAACUAGCUUACAAAUUAUUGCAGAAUUUAAGAAUUUCCACAAUUUUAAGAGAAAGUUUUUUCAGAGUAAAACAAUGGAAUAUUU